CAGCAAAGCAGCAAAGAGUGUACAACAGGCAGCAAUUGUGGGAUACAUUCCUCACUCAAAACGUCUUUCUGUAUGCGUAAAACGCAGCUGGAAUAGUUUUCGGUAUCAUAUUCUGGAUGCAUGCGACGUUGACCUUCAUAUGUAGAUUUUCGGUCAUGUAUUUGUAGUGUACAUUAUGUGCAUAUGGAGAAUAUUUUUUUAUCUCUUCCGUAUUUCUGGCUGUCUAGAUUUGGAGUCUACAGAGAAGGGAACUGUCGCCACUUCUUGAACAACGCUUCGAAUAUUUUAUUUUGAGAGCACAAUUGGGAACAUUUGGAAAUUCUGACGUGGUUUAUAUUUGGACUUUUCACGGUUUCAGCCUAGUUGGGUGAAGGGGCCGUUUUUCAAUCCACACAUAUCGCUCCCUUUCCAGUGUUUCGUUUUUGCACCGUUCAAUUGUAGGCGGCUAUCCUAAAAACUUGAACAGAACAUUUUCUCAGAAAUACAGUUUUCGUUUGAUCUGAUGUAUUGUGCGAUGCAGUGCAUAUAUACAAUUAUGAUGUAUUAUUCUUAAAAACGAGGAUUUUGGAGGUCAUCAGUGGCAAUCAUAAUGGCAAACGACGACAACCGCUUUAUAGUGGAAAAGUACAUUUGUCACAAACUCUUGAAACGAGGAUAUGCGUGGGAUUUCGAAGAUGCCGAGGAGGAGGAAGGUGUUGCUAAUAAUGGGUCGAUGAUUUCUCCUCGGCCGGGUUUGGCACGGCGGUGCCACGGGGCCAAUAACGGCGGACCGGGCAGCGUCCCUCGUCUUUCCAAAUGGCUCUCCCAACCGGACCCGCAUGCAGCUAUUCACAGAGUUUUGCGUGAGGCCGGGGACGAACUCGAAAGACUGUACCAGCCCGACUUCGCAGAGAUGUCACACCAGCUGUAUCUCACAUCCUCCACGGCUGAGAGGAGAUUUAGAGAGGUGAUAGACGAGCUGUUCAGGGAUGGGGUUAACUGGGGACGGAUUAUCGCCUUCUUCGAGUUCGGGGGCACAAUAUGCGUGGAAUGCGUGAACAAGGAGAUGACGUCGCAGGUGGAUCACAUCGCGGUGUGGAUGACAGAGUAUCUAAAUGGACCACUGCUCAACUGGAUUCAGGAGAACGGGGGAUGGGAGGCCUUUGUUGAGCUCUAUGAUAGACAGAGGGACUCGGUGUUCUGUUCGUGGCCGUCCAUCAAGACCGUCUUCGGCCUGGCUGCACUGGGGGCCGCAAGCCUUACCAUCGGAGCAUACCUUACACAGAAGUGAAGGAGUUCUCCUUUUCUCUCCCUCUCUUUUUGUCCUCCCUCCCUCUUGCUACUUU